AGAUCUUUUACAGUUGGGAAAUUUGAGUUGUAUACCGUCAAUAAAACAAAUACUCCCUCCGUUUUUUAUUAUAAAUCGUUUUGAAACUAUGCACAUAGAUUAAGAAAAUCAUUAAUUUCUUAUAUUUUCGAAACAAAAACAUCAUUAAUUAUUUACCUAACCACAAUUUAACCAAUAGAAAAAUAGAAGAUAUAUUAUCAUUGGUCAGACAACAUUAAUUACUAAUAAAUGUUACAUAAAAAACCGAAAACGACAUAUAAUUUGGAACAAAAAAGUUUCUCUAAAACGACUUAUAUUAAAAAACGGAGGGAGUACUACAUCUGUUUUUAAUGUUACAUUUUUCACACACUUUAAUAAAACACAUUAAAUUUGCAUAUUUUUUUGUGUUUAUCUUUGUUUCACAAUUUUAAACUAAUAACAAUUCUGUAAGUGUAAUUAAGUUUUUUGAAAUUUGCAAUUAGUUAAUAAAAUAUGUUUUGAAAAUGUAAAAAAUGAAUCUUUUUAAAACAAAUUUUUUUCCUACAAUAUGUAAUAUUAAGGAACAGAGGGAGUAUGUAGUUAAUUAGGUUCAGAUAUUAUCUAUUUAUUUAAAAUCAAAAUCAAUGUCAAAAGUUAUGAAAAUAUUUUUUUCCUUCUAAAUUAUAAACUUAAUAUAUGCAUGCAUGCAUCCUGAUUUUUUUAAUUAAAUAUCAAACUAGGAUUUUUUUUUCUUUAUUAAAAUUUACAACAAAUUAAAGAAUUACUUACUGUCUACACAUUUCUUAUGGACAUGCAUCCAAAUUAUGAUUUCCAAAUAUAUUAUUAAAUUAAGAAAGAAUAUAUUUUUCUUUUGAAAAAUAUUGAUUACCGUGAGAUAUUACAUUUUGUAUAGAUUGGAGUAGUACAAGCUCAAAGUAAUAUAAAGAGAUGGAGCUCUCAAAUGUAAUGACCCAAAAAAAAAAGAGAGAUGGAGCUUUGUAAUUUCUAAAAUGUCUCAAGAAGUGAGUUGUGGUGAGAUGGAACCAAGCAUGUGGUCCAAGCUUCCUUCAGAUCUCAUUCAGUUGAUUUUUGAAAGUCUUGGUUUUGCAGAUUUUCAAAGGGCUAAAUCUGUUUGUUCAUCUUGGCGCUAUGCAUCCAAACAAUCUUCACCAAACAAUCAAAACCCUUGGUUGAUUCUAUUUCCAGAAAAAGGUAAAGAUUACUGCCUCUUGUUUGAUCCCGCGGAAAAAGAAGACAAGUUAUAUAGAAUUCAAAAUCUAGGUGCCAACUUUGAAAAUAGUAAUUGUUUGGCUACUUAUGGAAGUUGGCUCUUGAUGCAAGACGAUCAUCAAUACAAUAUAAUAUACAUUUUGAAUAUAUUCACCUGUGAGAAGAUCGAUCUGCCUUCCAUGAAGUCUCAACUUCGCAUUGAGGAGACUGAAGAUGAUAUGUUUCUUGUAAGAUUCGACAACAACAGAUAUGUUUUAUUCUGGUUUGACGAGAAAACCAAAGAUUAUGUGGUUAUGUGGAUAAUCCAACUCCGAUUUUUGGUUUAUUCCAGAAGAGGUGAUAAAUUUUGGAAACAAAUUGAGAUUUUUGACUGUUUUGCUGACAUGGUAUACAAAGAUCAUAAACUUUAUUUGUAUACUAGUUGGUCUCGUGAUGUCAAAGUCUUGGAUUUUUCUCAAGACAUUCCGCGACAAAUCUUUGAGACGCAAGUUAACUAUGAUGAUUUGGGAAAGUGGUGUCUUAAUACUCAUAUAUGUAGGAUCAAGAAUGAAAAUCUUGUAGUCAGAGUGACUGGUGAAGUUCUGAGGGUUAAGAGCAUAGUUUCGUACAAUUCUGAUGUUUGGUACUUCCGCAUCUACAAGUUGGAUUCAUCAAAUAGUGAGUGGGAGAAACUUGAUUCUUUGGGAGAAGAAGAAGCGAUAUUUUUGGAUCUUGGUAUCACCGUGCAUGCCAACACCAUCCAAGGAAUCGAUGGAAAUUCAAUAUAUUUCAGUGGCAAUCAUAAUUUCUAUUAUGAUUCUUAUUUGGGUCAUUUUUGGAGUGAAAAGGAUAUAUUUAUCUUCAAUAUUGGCACACAAGAAAUUAAAAGACCACAUCCAAGUAUCUUUUCGUCCAUUCAAUUAUCUAAUGCUCGAUGGUUUGUCCCAAAUUUCAAACAAAUGUGAUUGGGAAUCUCAACUCGAUUAAUGUAUCUUUUUAAUUAUUUUGCAA